AUUUCAAGCUCCAUAUUGCCACCCAGGAAUGAGAUGCAAGGAUGCCGUUGAAAGUUAAACGGCAAACGCUAGCCCACCGGAUCAAAUCUUGUUCCCACUUCCCAGCAAGUGGCGCCUCACGUGGGUGCAGUCCCGACUGGUCACUACAUCGAUGGACUGAUCGGCUAAGGCUUUUGGACGCGAUCAACCUUCACGUUCGGAUGUUAAUAUACAGGUCAAGAUCUAUCGCAUGCGCUGCAUUUUCCGAAUCUUUCGACUGUUACAAUGGAGGUCGCAAUGAUUGA